AUGAAGGCAGGAGCUGGGUGCUGGGAUGGGAGGCUGAGCGAGGGGAGGAGGAGGAGGCAGAGGAGGGGAGGGCGAGGGGGAGGAUCUGCUAAUUACACAGAACAGCUCUGGGGGCUCUGCUGAAGUCCAGAAUGAAGCAAAGAGCAGCAGAAGCAAGUGCUGCAGUGGGAGCGGAGCAGCAUCACCGAGAGCUCGGGCUGGCUGGGAGCAAACGGGGGCACCCAGGGAACCCUGCAGCCCCGUAUCCCCAGGGAACAGCCUCUGGCACAGCCACCGGCUCCUCCGCAGCCAGCCCCGGGCCAGGAGAGGGGAAGGGGCUGGUGGUCCAGGGGGUGCAGGGUUAAACUCGGCCCUGCUGCAGGCUGGGCUGGAGGGCAGCGGAGCCCUGCUAUGGUCCCGGGGGGCUAGGAGCCUGAGCGGAUGCACCGGGAAGGGGUGACGGAUGGCUGCUGAAGGAGGGAGAGCCAAGCCCGGCACCCAGUCCAGGAUGGAGAACUUCCGAAAGGUGAGGACGUCGGAGGAGGAGAGCCCAUUGCCCUUCCCCGAUCUGCCGCCGGACGUGGUGGAGAUGAAAGUGAAGGAAGGCAGCAAGAUCAGGAACCUGAUGAACUUCGCCAUGGCCCAGAUGGAGCUGAAGGGCAGGCGGCAGAUCGUCUUCAGCGGCUGCGGCAGGGCUGUCACCAAGACCAUCACCUGCGUGGAGAUCAUGAAGCGGAAGCUGGGAGGGCUGCACCAGGUCACCAAGGUGCGCUACAAAACCCUGCUGGAAGUCUGGGAGAGCCAGGACCCGCUGCCCGGCGGCGGGGCGCAGAACCUGACCGUCCACAAGAACGUCCCCUCCAUCAGCAUCCUGCUCUCCCGGGACCCCCUGGAUCCCAACCAGACCGGCUACCAGCCCCCGGAGCCCCAGCACGGGCUGGAGCCUCAGCUCGGCCAGGCGGGAGAAGACACGUCCGGCUCCUCCAGCAAGGGGCUGAAGCGGCCCCUGCCACCUCCCUGUGAGGAGCUGCUCCCCAAGAAGCUGCAGGUACAGGUACCCGAUGGCCCGAGGGGCUCGGGGGGCACCGAGCACCCUGCAGACCAUCACCACUGAGCACCGCCUCCCGCCCCGACCAGCCCCACGCCGGGCAUUGGGUGCGCUAGAGGAGUUUUAGCUGCUUUGUGGUGGACAAAGGCAGCGUGAAGCCUUGCUUUGGGGUCAUCAGCGUGCUGCAGGCUCCCCCCA